AAAUGGGUCGAAGAAUUAUCGUAGUUCUGGCAAUUUUAGCCGUUUUUUCUGCAGUUCUUAUCCAUCAGUUGCACAAGCGGAUAUAUGGGCUGCCCGUUCCAGAUGGCCUUAAUCCCAAUUCAACGUUUUCGUAUCGAGUUGUUGGCUUUGUAAUGAACCUUGGUCGUGAUUUCGKUGAUCUAGGCCAUAGAUGGGGCUUAAUUGACAACCCCCACAUAAAUACAAGAAACUUGUAUUCAUUCUUUGCAARAGUAUUAAGSAGGGAGACCUUUUCAGACGAGUUAGAGGUGAAUAGCACGGAGAUAUUUGGAACUAGAGUAAGAAUAUACAGACCAGUUAACAAGACAAAACACGAAGAUGACCAUGUUGACGACGACCUACUUCCAGCAGUGAUAUAUUAUCAUGGCGGUGGAUGGACAAUAGGAAGCCUUGAUGCUUAUGAUGCAUUUUGCAGACGACUUGCUGUUACAGCCCAAGUUGUUGUUAUUAGUGCAGACUACAGACAAGCUCCAGAAUACCUAUACCCUACGGCCUUCCAUGAUAGUUACAAUGUUGCCAUUGGUCUUCUCAAUAAUGGAAGUCAGUAUGGUGUUGAYACUAAAAACAUCUUGGUGGCAGGAGAUAGUGCUGGAGGGAACUUAGCUGCAGCUGUUGCACAUUAUCUUGCUUAUGUUGGUGAAAAACAUUGUAGGAAACAGUACUUAGCUGGUCAGAUCCUCAUUUACCCUUCUCUACAGUUUUUGAAUUUUAGCCUGCCAUCUUACAUCAAAAAUGAAAAUGAAGUGCCUCUUUCAAGACGCAAUGUGGCUGAGUUUGUGUCACUGUAUCUUACAGGAAAUUUAAAACUUGUUGAUACCAUGCUUGAAGGAAAUCAUUCCAAACAUUUGAAAAAUACUAGUUUUAGUUCAUAUGUACAUCAAUCAGUAGAUGAAAACAGCAAUGAGGAAGAACUAUCUCCUGACRUCAUCCCUAAACCUUUUGUAGAAAUGAGUGAAACAGCAGCUGAGGCACUGAYUCAUUUCAAGGCAUCUCCUCUAGUAGCAACAAAUUUCCGUGGGAUUCCAUCCACCUUUUUGAUUACUGCUGAAUAUGACCCUUUGAGGGAUGAGGGUUUUCUGUAUGCUAACAGGCUAAAGAAUGCAGGAAUUGAGAUAGUGCAUAAACAUUACAAUUCUUUCCAUGGAUUUGUAACUGUAACUAGUGAACCCUGGCCUUAUGGUACUCAGGAAGCUGCAGAAGCCAUGAAAGAUAUAGUAGCAUAUCUAAAAAAGCAGAUUGAAGAAAACAAAUCCAAGCAAGAAGAUGAAAGAGAUAAAGCUGAAGAUUUGUAAAGAUAUUGAUACAGUUUCAGACUCRAUGUUAAAAUGUUUGAAUACAAACAAAAGGUAUUUUUUUUAAAAUAGAUAAUACAUAUUGCAAUAGCAUUUUGUGUAGAAUUUGUCAAUGUUUUGCCUGAUUUGGCAUUGUUCUAUUGUCCAUCUGGCUUCAAUUGUUAGUUUGCUUUGAGCAUGUAAUUCCUUCACUCCUAGUUUCAUAGGGUUUUAAAAUAAAUUUAAAAUAAAUAAGAAAUUUUUUAGGUUAUAUUCAUACUAUUUUUAAUACAAAAUUAUAUAUAUGUCAUUGAUAUAAUCAAUUGCGCUGUGAAAUAAACA